CACUUUCCUUUUGAAUUCCCCAAAAAAAAAAAAAAAAUGCAAAUAGAGGAAGGACGUUCCAUCCCUCGCUAGCAGUAGCAGAGUAGUAGUAUUAGAUUUAGAGCAGAAACAAAAGAGAGCAAGGAAGGACGUUCCACAUUCAAGCUAUUAUGCGCUGGAGUUGGUUCAUGCCAUUUCAUCAUUUCUUUAAUAAAAGAAGAGAGGAAACAGAGGAAACAGAGAGAGCGUUUUAUGAGAAUGGAAGCCUGUUACUUGAGAAGCUGAUUGCCUCUUGCAAUGCCAAGCCUAUUCCCAUCCGUACCUUCUCCGCUCAACAGCUCCGCCAAGCGACCAACAACUUUUCUUCUGAAAAGCUGGUAUUGGGGUUCUCUAUUUGGUACAAGGUUUCUCUUGAAGGACGAAUUUUUCUCAUCAAGUCUUCUUUUGUUCGCAAUACCAAGCUUAUUAACAUCCGUACCUUCUCCCCUCAACAACUCCGCCAAGCAACCAACAAUUAUCCUGCUCAACAUCUGGAACUUUAUUGGUACAAAGGUUCUCUUGAAGGACGAAUUGUUCUCAUUAAGCGUUUAGAUAAUUUGGCCUAUAUAGCCAUCAAUGAUUUAGUGAUUUCUGCACAAAUGAGUGGUCACAGCAAUGUAUUAAAGCCCAUAGGUUGUUGUCUCCACACUCGAAUCCCCAUUUUGGCGUUUGAAUUUGCCGCCAAUGGUUUCCUUUCUGAUCGAAUUUAUGUCUCCCGUGUUACUGAACUACAACAUGAGCCGAUGGAGUGGGAGAGAAGGUUAAAGAUUGCAAGGCAGAUUGCUCAUGCUCUUUCUUAUCUCCAUACUGCCUUCCCUAGACCUGUCAUCUACAUGGCUAUGGAUCUGCACAGUAUCUUAUUAGAUGAACAUGAUGUUCCCAAAUUGUCCCACUUUCAUUUUUCUGUGUCAAUUCCCGAAGGUGAAGCUGACGUGGACGCUCCUUUUCGUUCAAUAUUCUGCGCCCCGGAGUUUGAAGCAACAGGCAAGGUAACUGAGAAAGCCGAUGUAUAUGAUUUUGGUCGGUUUCUUCUAGAACUUUUAACUGGAGAGGAUUCUCUUAAAGAUUCUACUUUCAUAGCAUACAUACAUAACUGUGCUCAAGGUAGUUGCAUAAACGAGAUUGUGGAUCCUGCAAUCUUGGCUGAAGGAGGUGUUAGUUUACAGUACCAAUUACAGGCUGUGGCAGACCUUGCCUUGACAUGUACAGAAGAAGAUCCACAAAGAAGGCCAACUAUGGUUGAUGUCACCAAACAACUCAGGCGGAUUGAAAGGUUCGCACAAAUGGGUGAAGUCCUCUUGGGAAAUUUGCAGAAUUUAAAGCUUCAUGAGAGUUUUGAAGAGCAUGCUUCUGCAUCAUUGAAAAGGAAUGCUUCUAGUGAUGAAAUCCAAGCAGUAAACGAAGCCUCUGAAAGGCCUCUUGAAGUUUGAUUGUGAUGCAACAGAAUGAUGACAAAGCUUGUAUGGCAGUUUUAACCUGUCAUUGGGAAGUUAUCAUUAUGGCAGACCCUUAAGGUAUGUAUUGAUGCUAUAAGAACUGGAGGAUAGGUUGUUAUUGGCAAAGGAGUUUGAUAAUUGUUCUUUUGUUUGAAUAAAAGGAAUGCAAACUAAGUAGUUCAUAGUCUUAGUAACUGGCAAUGUAUAGUGGUUUGUUGAGGGAAAAAAAGACUUUCGUAUUGUUUA